AUGACUGUAGCCGAAAUUCUAAAAUGGCAAAAUUCUUAUUUUGUGUAUGCUGAUGGAAAUGUUUCAGGAAUAAAAAAAGAAUUUCUUCAUCAUGCUCUUCAGGGAAAGAGUCAAAAUGGUAGUGAAGCUUUUCUUAUGAAGAGUAACUAUUCUGGACCUAUACCUGUCCUUAUCGCUGAUCAAGAUAUGCAUGAAAUGACUGUAGCUAUCGCUCUUCAAGGAUUUCGUGUUUCUCAACUCAAUCCAGCUGAUUCACAUUGUGUGUUUGGUGAAUAUUGGCAAAAUCAUGGACCGGCAGUCGAAGAG